GUUUUUCUUCACAUUCUAUCAAAAAAGUCAGUGUUGACAGAGAGGAGAUAAUCAUUUGUUUGCUUUACUAGAUAAAGAGUAAUUUCUUGGGGGUUUUUUUUUGGUUAUCAGAGGAUAAUUUACUUUGUUGAUCUUUGCCUUUUUUAUCUGAUUAUUGCUUCACUGUCUGGGUCUUUGAAGAAGGCGUGACCACACAUUUGAAAACCCCUCCAAACUUAGCUGCAGAUUUCUCCAGCUCAUGGGAGUGUGAAGCUGGACUGAGACCUACACACACACACACACACACACACACACACAUAUAUAUAUAUAUACAGACACACACACACACGCACACCUGUUGUUGCUGAGGAUUCCCCAGGAGCGCAGUCAUGGGCAUCUGCGUCACCGUUGCUUGAGGGACUCUGUGCAGCUGUUAUCUGCUGGUGGCCUCGGUGAAUGUUACAGUAGAGGCUGAUCCGUCGGUCCAGAGAAGAGGGGGGGAGAUGUCAUCCUACUACCCGCGCACCAAGGACCUGACUCGCACCAGGAAGUCACUGACAGAGUCCCCACCAGCCUCUCCGUCCCCUACAGACAAAAACUACAGACAUGAAAGAUUGUCAAGAUAUGACUCCAGUGGGGAGAGUGCGACAGACAAACCAUUGGGGCGCACCGGCUCUUACACUCGGAGGGAGACGAGGCUGGCUGCUCUGAGCAGACAGGAGCAAGACACCACCGCCAAAGACUAUAAGAAGAUGUAUGCAGACGCUUUGCAUGAGAAUGAGAAGCUCAAGUCCAGGCUGCAGGACAGCAAACACGAACUGGUCAAGAUCCGCUCCCAGCUGGAGAAAGUCACUCAGAGACACGACAGAAUAUCAGAGAGAUCUACAGUACUUGAUUCGGAGAAAAGGGAAAAACAAGCUCUUGAGAAAAGAGUGUCAAACAUGGAGGAUGAGUUGAAGGUCUUAACAGAGCUCAAGUCAGACAACCAGAGGCUUAAGGAUGAGAACGGGGCUCUCAUUCGGGUCAUCAGCAAACUGUCCAAAUGAAAAGAAGUCUGAAGCUCCUGCUCUGUGUCUGUGGACGCUCCAACCCUGAUGGCAGUUCAAUCAACCGCCAUGUCCCAAGUUUUGACUUCUCCCUGAGAUACGAACGAUGGCUGCUUUUGCAGAAAUAAAUUCCUGUUGGGACUUGUGAAGAUCAGAAAAGGAGUGUUAAAGAGUUUCAGUCAAAUUUCACCCGAGUGUUAUGAUGGAGUUACAACAGUUAUUUCUGCAUAAUUAGUUAUUUUCGUUCAUUAAUCAAAUAGGGACCAGUUAUACUGUUUGAAUAACCUGUCAAGGCACAGUUUAAAACAAAACCAUGGCGUUAGCAUGAAGGUACUGUUUCUAAUAUUAUAACCACACCGUCACAUUGAGACAUCACGUUUGUUGCCACAUCGUCCACUGCAAAAAAGUAUUUUAAUGUUGUCUUAAUAGUGAAAGAGGAGAGAUGACAAGGGCCCAAAGGCCACUUUGGCAUGGAGAUAUGAUCGUUAUAAUUUCAAUUAGAAUAUAUGAGCACAAAGGUAAUAUGAAACCCAGCCAAGCGACAAACAGGUGCUCCGGUUCCAGAAGCAAAAAACGACAUAUUAAUAUGAAUCCACCAAGGCAUCUGAGUAGCAACAGCAGCAACAGUAUUUCUGUAAGAUCUACUAAUGGAUGUUUGCACCAGACUAAAAAUGUAUUCCGUAAAACAUUUUUAUCUUAGAUGUUAUAUAGGGUAAAUCCUUUUGAAAAUGUUUACGCUAUGAUAAAGAUAUUAGGGUUUUAAUAAUGUGCAUAUUUCGGUGUGUUUUUGCCUUGAUUGACAACUUUCUCAGGUUUGUCACCCAGCUCACCUCACAACGCCUUUUUAAUUAGCAAUUCAUAACUCCUAAUUCUGUAAACAGACACAAACUUCACUUUAGCAAAUCAUUUUCAACUGGUUUGAUACGUUUUUUGUGACAUUUUAGUCAAAAAGAACUUUUAUGAUAAUGUCUCCACUGUAUCUGAUACAGUCACUCGACCGUAUGUUAUGUCUUUCUUUUACUGGUUUUAGUUUCCAAGAUAAUGUCAUUUUGCGUUUGUAGAAUUCUGUUUAUCGGUUCUUUGUGUGGUUUCAGUAGCCAUUCUUCUUCUUUUUUUUGAGGAUUUUGCAUCCAGACACUGAGCUUAAAAACAGCAGAAUGGCUAGUUUAGUGUUUGUAAAAGAAAGUGACCUUUCUUCUGUAAUAGAGAUAUAUUUAUUUAUUUAUGCAUUUCUUCGUUCUAAUCUUUAUACUUUGUUUACAAAAUUUUCAAAAGAAUACAUAAAUAUUUUUGGUCGUCUACUUGGCCAUCUUUCUGUGAGAUGAUGAACACACAAAAUGCCAUAAUCUUCCACUAGUAGAGGCGCUGUAAACCACCGCUGACAUUUCAGCCACCACAAUAUCGUGUGAUAAAUAAUAAAUAAAUAUCAAGCACAAUCAAAGGUUCUGAGGAAUAAACUGUUGCUAGCACUUUUCAUUACAUGUGGUGUAGAUAACAUAGAUUCUAACUUAAUUAUAUUGUGUUUUGAUAUUGUCACGAUGGAUUAAGUUUAAUUAAAAGUAAUUAUUGGCCAAAUGCAGUUGCCAGUUUAUUACUGUAGGUAUAUCUGGCUACAUCUAAUACGAUCCAAUACUAUAGCCCUUCAAUAAAUCCCAUGUCUUUUGUUCUGAUAAACUGGUCAUUGAGGCCAUAAUAACUGGUGCUACUGCAUUGUGUUGCAUUAUAGUAAAAUGAUUCAUCCUCCAACAAAUGUUUGAAACAUUUAAAAUGUUUACUGGUCAGUCGACUUAAUGAGAAGUACAAAUAAAACCAUGAAAGAGUAAAAAAAAAAGAGGUUACGUCAUCCUGGUUUAAAACAGUGUGUCAUUUAUCAUAUUUAAUGUAUAAACUUGCCAGGUAUCCGUCUCCUCUUCCCUUUAAUGGACGAGUUGACCAAAGUCCCCAGUGUUCGAUGUAUUCCUUUGACAAUGUGAUGGUUUUGGAGUCCAACCAGGGCCACAUGCUGUAACACCACUGUUAUCUCUGGUCACAUCCAGUACUUUACUCAGAACUACAAAUAAGGCACAGCUAUUUCCACACAUGCUGUAGAUAUAUUGAACUAUGCAGCAUCUUGUCUUUGAAAAUGUUUGUAAUGUGUUGAUGAUAGCUUAAUAUUUGCACACAGGUUUACUCACAUUGCUUAAUAAACUGUUAAGG